AUGUCUGACAACAUUGAUUCUAAUAUUAGUAACAGUGAAAGUAGCAAAGAUGUCGUAACAGCUAGUCAGAACAUCAAUAAUAAUGAAAAUGAUAAUAGCAACAACAACCUGUCAGAUGAUUUAAAUAAUUUGAAAUUAAGUGAAGCUAAUAACAACAGCAACAACGUUGAUAGUAGUAUCAUUAAUAAUAAUAGUAGUAGUAGUAUUAACAAUGAUAAUGUCAAAAUUGUUGUUAAUCAUGUAGAUGAUAACAAUAGUAAUCAUAAUAAUGAUUUAAAUAAACCAAGAUCUGGAUCGACAUCACCUUUACUAUCUACUUCGACACCACCAACAUUGGAAACCACUAUAACAUUCAGUGAGAGAAUUCAUUACUAUAAAGAAGCUUUGAAACCUUCGAAUCUCGAUCUAACCAUAAUACAACAUCUUGCUGAACAAGGUAUACCUGAAUCACAAGGCUUAAGAUCUUUAUAUUGGAAGAUUCUAUUAAGAUAUUUACCGUUGGAUCAAAGUCAUUGGGAAACAUCAUUGAAAAGUAGUAGAGAGAUCUAUCAUGAUUGGGUGAAUGAACUAAUGAUUAAUCCAUGGAAGGAAAUGGAAGGAAGACCAAAAGAUGAUCAUCCAUUAAGUACAUCACAUGAUAGUAAAUGGAAUGAAUACUUUAAGGAUCAGAAUAUUUUAGUUGAUAUCGAGAAGGAUGUAAGGCGUACAUUCCCAGCGUUACACUUUUUCAAUCGACAGGAAGAGGGAAAGUCAAUUCACUACGAAGCACUGCGUAGAAUUCUAUUCAUCUAUGCAAAGCUGAAUCCAGGCAUCAAGUACGUACAGGGUAUGAAUGAAGUGCUCGGUCCCAUCUACUAUACAUUCGCUACUGAUCCCGAUCAAGAUUGCAAAGAGAAUGCCGAAGCUGACUCUUUCUAUUGUUUCACCAAUCUCAUGAGUGAAAUAAGAGACAACUUUUGUAAAUCACUCGAUAAAUCAGAGAGUGGUGUAAUCAGUAGUAUUAAAAAGUUAAACUUUCUACUAAAGAAAAAAGAUAGACAACUAUGGAAAGAUUUAGAAGAAAAGAAACUGCAUCCACAAUUCUAUAGUUUCAGAUGGAUAACAUUGUUGUUGUCACAGGAAUUCGAAUUACCUGAUGUUCUUAGACUUUGGGAUUCACUAUUUUCAGAUCCAAAUAGAUUCGAUUUCCUUUAUUAUUUUUGUUGUGCAAUGUUAAUAUGUAUAAGAAAUCAAUUAUUGGAAGCACCAUUUGGAGAUAAUCUUAAACUAUUACAAUCCUAUCCAAACAAUAUCGAUUUUCAUACGAUUUACUCUACUGCCUUGUCAUUAAAAGAUGGUACAUUCAAUCUAAACACAGAGAAUCCAUUAAACUCUGGACAAUCAUAUUUAAAGUUUUUCAAUCCAUUCGCUAAAGCUACUUCACCACCAACACCACUUUCAGGAUCACCAUCCAGUACUUCACCAUUGAUGUCAUCUAUCAACAAUAAUAGUAAUACUAUAAAUACAACACAACCAACAAAUCAAUAUACUACAUCUAAUAAUCUUCUUUCAACCAAUAACAAUGGCAAUAUUAAUAACAAUAAUAAUAGCAAUCAAUUAACACCACCAACAACUCAGACAACAACCUCAUCUUUUUCACCACCUAUUGCCGAUUCACUAAAGAACUUCUUUAACAAAUUUAGUUCAAUAAGAUAA